AUGAUCGAAUCAAGAUCUUCAUCAAGAAUCAAAUCCAAAAUUGAAAAAAUUGCAACAAAGCCUAAUUUAAGAGCAUCAACCAACUCUAAGCCGAAGUCCAAGGAGCCGGCUAAGUUAAAGCCGCGGAUGAAGAAGAGCCUACCGAACAAGGUCCAGAAGACACUGAAGGCUCAUCCUUCAACCUCCAAUAUGGUCAACGUAGCCAUCCAGAAUUUAGACAACCGCCGCCAUGGAUCGUCCUUGCAAGCUAUUAAGAAGUAUGUUUACGCGAAUUACCAACUGGAUCCUGUUAAAACUGCUCCGUUGAUUAGACGGUACCUCAAGAAGGCCGUCUCCGAGGGAACUCUUGUCCAGACUAAAGGUCAGGGCUCCAAUGGAUCCUUCAAGAUGCCUGGUAAGAAGAAUUUGAAGAAAUAA